AUUGGAGCCAUCGUCAGCGCGAUAUGUAUGGCUACUAUAAUAGGUGGAAACAGUUAUUAUAAAGCGAAUGGUUUAUUGCGGUAUCCACAUAAACCAGUGUCUGUCGAAGAAUGUGAUUUUUCUGGAAAUACUACUUCAUUCUCCAGCAUACCCACUGAAACUUAUAUCUUCCCAGUCUUCAAAAUAUCUUUCUAUUGGUUUUCGAUGAUCGGGGCAUCCAUUUGCAUGAUCGUUGGCUUGGCAAUCAGCUAUAUGUCAGAAGAAAAACAACCACCUGUUGCAAAAGAACUCUUGAGUCCUAUCAUUUAUGGCCUUAUAGAUGAAGAGACAUACAUAAACAAAAUGAACCUCGAUUAUUGCAGUGUAGAAGAUGCUGCAGGUAAACAUGAUUCGAGAAGGAGGAUGUCCUCAAAGUGGGAAGCAAUGAGAGAAGAGAGGUUGCGAAAGAUUUCUAAAUUAUCUACCCUAUCCGACAAUAUUGAUAUCUGAGUUAUUCAAACUAAACAGACUCAUAAAUUGGGAAAUAUUUGAUUAUCAGUGAUAGUUUUUGAUAUUCCAGCUUAUUUUUUCAAUCAUGACUUUGGGAGAGUUUACUCACAAAAAUGCUAGCAUGGAAUUUCAGUAGUUUAUGUUUUCAACUUAUUAUUUCAGUAUUCACCAUUUAGGGAGUGAGAAAUCAAGGGUGUGUAGACUGAAAACCGUUCCAUCAGAUAUAUUUUUAUGUGGAUAAGAUGAAUUAAUACGAAAAUAAUCGAGGAAUAAUCAUUUUUCAACAAUUGAGGAGUAGAUAUUUUAUUGUAGCGACUUUUCUCCGUUGAUAACAAUGCCUCUAGGCAUUAUCAAUAAUGUUCAGACAUGUAACUACUCCGAACCAUUUUCAGAAAACCUAUUCCUGGAUCAUUCCAAAAGUGAGGAUAUUAUUUUAUUUUUUAUCGACCUUUUUUUUGGGUAAUUGUUACCUUCCACAAUCUGAAAAAA